AUGUGGUCCAUAGUGCCACUCGUAUCUCGUGUCUUUUCUCGCUUCUGUCGAAGCAUAGCCCUACCUAGCUGCGUGGUAACCUUAGGUGUGCUCAGAGUUGUGGUCCAACGGGUCGCAACACCUCCUUCGCCGACCUUGACAACCACAACGACCAGGACCGUGACGUAUAUAUUGAGAUUCCCUCUUCUUCUCACUCUCCCACCCGCCCCUCCUCCUCCUCCCACAAAGACGUUUCCAGUCUUCAUACCCGGCACAGUGCCACUUGGUUACGGAUUGUACAAUCGCCCCAGUGGCACUUCAUAUCUUUUCCUUGCCUUCGGGUUCGUCUCUCUUGGGGUAGUUUACGCGACAGCAAAUCGCCUGGGUUUUGUCAAGACUCUUGGAAAGAAUACAACUCGAGGUGGCGACAAACUCCAAACUAGCGUCGCUAAUAUUCUCAAGAGUUUCCGUGUGUCCUGUCGAGCUACUGCAAAAGAGGUUGCUGCUUGUUGCAAUGCAUAUUCCGCCGCCGUCAUGGGUUUCCCGUCCUCAUCGAAAUUCCGCACACUGUUGGAUCAGACAAUCCAAGGUCGAGACAAGCUUCGCACCAUUGUGCUCGAUGUGUUUCAUCAAGUGGCUACCUAUUUCGAGGCGUAUGCUGCCACAAUCGUCGGCCGUCGCGACAUCCAAUACGCGUGGAGAUUACUCGGACUGUUGCUUAUAUACGACAACACCAACAUCUUCGUCGUGCACGACAUCGCUGAGGCUUUUUGCAAGUGGUGGCUUCUUCUUUGUCGCCCUGACCCUGGCGGAGCAUCCCAAACUGGCGGAUCAUCCCAAACUGUUGGCAAAACGUACCCCUUCGUUCCUGGCCAUCCAUUGAGCUGGGACGACUUCCUCCAAUACAUCACACUCGACGAAGAAUCGUUCUGGGGCUGUGCCAACUGGAAAACUCUCAGCUAUGCCGGUUUCGUUCCGACUAUAUGCCACAAGCAACUCCAGCUUGUCAGACCGCUUGGUCGCGGAGGAUUUGGAGAGAUCGUUGAAGCAGUAACUGCGACCGGCAAACACGUAGCCGUCAAACGAAUCUGCAAGGGCGACUGGGUUCCACGUCGCAGUCGGCGAACCCCUAACGGGAGAGAACAACACCAGGAGCGGAAAAUGGUCAUGGAGGGCUUUCUACGUGAAGUUAUUGUGUCGAGAUUGAUGACAGAGCAUGCCUGCUUCCUCGACAUAUACGGCGUCUGGCACGACACGAGUUAUUUUUACCUUGUGAUGGAAAUGGGCCAGUCGUGUAUCAGCAACCUGCAAAUCGAACGGUUGCACACUUAUUCGCUGGGGCGGCAGUUGAUUGAGGGUGUACAAGCACUCCACAAGAACGGAAUAAUCCACCGCGAUAUCAAACCCGACAAUCUUCUCCUCAAUGGUGAACAGCUCAAAAUCAUUGACUUCGGUAUAGCGCAUAUUUUUGACGAUCCAUCGAACGUUGGCCUUUGGGUGGACUCGCCAGGUCGCGAGUCGUUGCAAGACAAAGCAGGGACACCAGGUUAUAUGUCGCCAUUGGUGGAGAAGCAGAAGCCCUACGCGUUCGAUGCAGAUCUGUGGAGUGUUGGUGUGACUUUGUUCCAGUGGGUGAGGGGAGAGUAUGUGUUUCCAGAGUUCCACCCCCGCGGCGCGCUCAAGGUGGAGCAUAAGACCUUGACUCCGCUCGAAUGGGAUUUCUUCCGCAGGGUAUUUUCGGUGUCUCCAGAACUUCGUUUCAGCAAUUGGGACGAAGUUUUGGAGCACCUCAUGUGGGACGAGCUGCUUGAAGCAGCGCGCUAA